AUCCAGAAAUUACUGGACUGUUGCCACGCUCGGAUUAUUACAGUAGUGUAAUUGAUGGAAACGGAGCUCGCGAGACAUGUGCGCGAACGUUUUCGGCGCGUUGAAAAGCCUGUUUGGGAAACCCUUUGAUGGUGGGAAGAGGACAAUGGAUCAUGGCAGUCAGCAGCCGCAGACUCAACAGAUGUCAGGACCUUUUCCAGGACCCUUUCCAGGUUAUGGAGGGCCCCAGGGCCCGUACCCUGGCCAGCACCCAGCCCUGAUACGGCUGGAUGAAGUGCAGAAGGAGAUUGCCAGUCUGGGGCCUCAGGUGUGCUCUUUCAGUGGCCUGCAGAGCGACAGAGAAUACAAACGACUGGAGCGAGAGCUGACCAGACUACUACUAGAGGUCGAUAAGGUGGAGACGGAGGGCCGGCCGGAGCUCCAGCAGCCUCGGAAGCGUGCAGCAGGAGAGGUGGAGGGUCUGCUUCGGUACUUGGAGGGCAACGCUACGCAUCCAUCACGGCUGGCCAUUGAGGAGCUGACCCAGGAGGCACAGAGGCUGCUACAUGAGGGGGUUGUGUUGCCGUUCCGGCAAGGCUUGGCUCUAGAUGCAUUUGAGAUAAGUGAGGAGCUAGUGGAGGCUGUGCAGGAUGUGGCCAUGCGGCUGGCUCAGGUGAAGACAGGUGGUAGCGUACCGCUCCGUAAGGCACGUUACAAGGCACUGACGCGGGUCUGUGCUGUACAAGAAAUACUGGAGGGUCGUGUACGCACUCAUACACUGGCACUACCGCUGUCUGAUGACACACAUGAGGCCGUGCAGCGUAUUAAUCAAGUCAUGGCGCAGGUGAGUGGUGCCCGGUGUCAGGAAGUGGCUCUGCUGAUGGGUCUCAGUGGACGUGACAGCUGUGCCCACCUGGCACGAAUCCUUACAGAGCUGCUGGUGGAACUGGAUGCCCUGGAUGUGUCUAGUAAUGCUGCUGUCAGGAAUUACAGGAAACAAGUGGUGGAAGAGAUCAAUGGCCUGCUGAAACAUCUGGACCUGGAGGGAGAGGGAAAUGACACACGGAGGUAUGAUCUAGCACAGAAUGACUCAAUUCGUGAAAUCGAGGCAAUUAGGGGGCGUGUCUCAGUGCUGCGGGAGGAGGUCCUUCGGUAUGGUGGCACAGGACAGGGGACGGAGCUACAAGGUCUCCUCACUCACCUCGAUCAGGUGGAAACAGGCCGUAACCCCUGCAUUCGGGAGGCUCGUCGCAGGGCUGUAUUGGAAGUUCAGGCGCUCAUCACCUACCUAGACCUGCAGGAAGCCUUCGGACGUCGUAACCCAGGGCCAGAGGAGCCCCCGCCACAUGCAGCUGUGUGGCGCGUUUUAGCCAGCCUGUGUGACCUCCAAGCUCAGGUGUUGGGCUUUGACGGAAAGAGAGCUGACAAGAGUUACAUGUUACUGGAAGAGCUACUGACCAAACAACUUCUGACUCUUGAUGCUGUAGACCCUCAGGGUGACCAGGGGACAAAAGAUGCACGGAAGCAAGCUGUUAAACACGCCCAGAAUAUCCUUAGUUACCUGGAUAUGAAGACGGAUGAGUGGGAGUACUGAGACAGAAAAAGACUGCAGUAUUGGAGAGGUUUUCCUGAAUAAAGAGCAGCAAGAAAGCUUUUUUUGCCUUGUGAACAACAUAUCAGGACUUCAUAUAGCAGAUCCAUAUUCGUUUGUAUAUAACAGACUUGGUGUAUUGCUGUGGGCAGCAAGACUGUUACCCAUGAUGCACUGCAGCUGCUGCUUUUGUUGGUCCUUUACAGGUACCUGAAAACAGCCUUUCUUCUGGCAGAAGGCAACCCAAACUACUGCACAUGAAGCAUUGUUUUCAUGACAAUAAUAAUUCCAUGAUCUUUUCAGUUGAAUCUGCUAUUGAUUGGUGUGGUGUGGUGCUAAACCCUGUUUUGCUGACAUACUUUUCUUCCUGCUGUACCACAUGCCUGUGUGAAAGACAUUAAGAAUUUCAGUCUUUAUCACAGUGUGGACACAUCAGCUCUUCAUUCCUGUCCAGUUAGGGCCAUUAAGGAGCACAUUUGCUUCUGUUAUAGCCACAUCAGGUAGUUCAACUGGACAUUUGCCGAUAAUCACCCAUAAUGGAUAAGGAGGUCCAAGUUUAGUGUAAAUAGGUUUAAUUUCUUCUCUAAAUUGCACUUUCUUAAAACCUGAGCUCCUCGCAGUAUUGUUAUGAACCAAAUUUAAACAACAGCUGACCCUAGUCAUGGGAUCAACAAUACUUUCACAUCCAAUAUAUAUAUAUAUAUACACACACACACACGUUUUUCCAGUUUACAUAUAAAUAAACAUUGAAUUGUCAAAUCAAAGGAUGUUUUUUUCACAUGAAAUAAGGGAGAGAGCAAAACUGUUACUGAUUGUUUAAAGACAUAGCUGGAAAACUCAAAUUACUAACCAUAUUCUCCAGUUUUGUCAGAGUUAAUGUAUAGAAGAGUGGGCCAUGACUGUAGUGAGCCAUCAAGACGUACCCUCUUAGUAACGAAAUAGAGGACAAAAAAAAAUUGAAAUUGGUUCACAAGGUUUCUUGUCUUCUCCUUUGGUUUUGGCUGUAAGGCAAAGAGUGUCUCUGAAAGCCACCAGGGAAUAGCAGAGAGUGAAUGUGUGUGUUUGUGGUUGUUGGAGGGAAAAAAGAAGUGUGCGCUAUUUUGGUGGUGAGAGUGAUCAAAGUGGACAGGGGUGUUCUAGGACAUUUCCAUUGGAGCGGGAUAGAAAGACAGCAAGCUAUCAAACAGGCACUCAAAACUCUGCCUACGCUGACAGUUGAAUGUGACCCAAAUCUGAUUUUAUCCCUCACAUGUGAGACAGAUGUGUUUUUUUUUUUUUGGAUGACUGUUAGAACAGCAAUAGUCAUUCUGAAUCUGACAUUUUUCAAUUCUGAUUUGGGCCAGUUUCAUAUGUGGAAAUAAACUGGAUGUGUAUCUUUACUUGCAAUAUAACUUCAUGAACAGUCAGGUAAUAAUACAUUCAGUCAUUAAAUUUUACAUAAAUAUAACUCGACCUUCAUCAUAUUUGCACAUUUGAUUUAUGCUUGAAUCAUAAACCAAAAUGUAUGAAUUGCACUACAUGAAGUAUUACACAGAAAGGAACUAAAAUAUACUAUGUUUAUUGAAUGUAGUAGCACUUGCUUUUAACUGCAGCAAUUAGUGGUAAACCAAUAUGUGGUGUAUGGCUGUUAAUUAGCCUAGCUGACAUACAGCCAAUACUGGAAAUCUGAAAAUGCCCCAAAUAUCGGCCAGUAUUUAUCAGUCUAUCACUAGUAACAAUAGAAAGUGACAAUAUAAAUUAACUUUUUAAAUUGACUCAUCCCUCAUUUAGUAAAAAAACCAGUUACAGUUAGACACCUACAAUGGAAGUGAAUGGGGCCAAUCGAUAAAUGUUAAAAUACACACUGUUUUAAAAGUAUAGCCAUUAGUUGUGAAUAUUUUAUGUGCUAACUUGAUUUUAGUGUGAUAAAAUGGCUUAACGACCUUAUCUGCAUAAAGUUAUAUCCGAUAUUGCAGCUUCGUUGUAAUGACGACAUAAUGGCAGUAAACACUGUAUCUGGAAAAUGCCGUAACGCAGGUAAAUUCCUGAUUUUAUCACACUUUAAUGUUAAGAUGCGUAAUGUUUACAUUUGUGCAUAUACUUUUAAAACAGUAUUUUAACGUCAAUUCACUGGCCCCAUUCACUUCCACUGUAAGUGCCUUUUAUAAAUAAAAGGAGUCGAUAUUAUUUUUAGUGGUAAUCAACAUUAUGCCAGAAAUGCUGUCAAUUUCAGCUUGUAAUGAACCUGAAACAUUUCUUUAAUGCUAUUGUGUAGAUUUUAGAAUGGAAGUCCAAAGUUCUUUUAAUCUAUAUAUGAUAACAAAACAUGGUAAUUUUUUAAUGAUGUUUUAAUGCAAGAGUAGGAUCUUUUAUGCAUGCGGGCUAGUUUAGGAGCGUUGCCUGUUCAGACCAGUGUCUGAUAGGUCCACGCUUAACGUCAUGUGACCAACUUCACAAAAACAUCUGAUUUGAGCAGAAAAUCUGCAUUUUGGCUUGUUGUGUGAACGUAGCCUCUGCCUUUCCUCGUCUCUCUUUCUGCACACUCCCACACUGCUCUCCUUGAAGAGUCUGUUAAAACCCACAGAGACUGUUCAAGAAAUUUUUGGGGGGGUAAAUUAGAUAUUUUGGUGCUGGGGAGGAGGAGGGUUUCAGAGAGAAAACUAUCAUAGUGCACUGCAGUGUAACUUGCUUUCCUGCAAACAAUUGAUGCAAUUUAAAUGUUAAACAAAGAGAGAGAACACAAGUUGAUUGGCUAACAGAUUAUGUAUCAAAGGACCUUUCAGCUCGGUCCGUACAGUAUGUAAGCCGAUUGGCUAACAGAUAACCUAUUUAAAAGACUAUUUAGAGUUUCAUGACUGAACAUAAGGCAUUUUCACACCUGGCUCGGGACCUGGUGCAUUUUCUCCCUUAGUUCAGUUCAUUUGGACAUGUUUGAACACGGAAAUCGUACUCGCAUCCGCACAAAAACAUGUUCGAAAUGUUUACCGGUUGACACAUUUUUAUAGGUAUAUCAUUUUUACCGGUAUAUCAGUCAGGGAUGCAAACAACUCACCUUUCAGCUAAAGUCACCAUUUCUGAAGCUACUUUGCCCAAAUUGUUUGGUAAAAUGUUCUACAUUUUCCUUAUUAAAAUGACUUGUGUUAUUUUAAGCCUAAACACUUAAAAAGAAGCUUUAAAUACAACAAACAAUUCAACUGAAAAUAUGCAUUUGGAACACCUACUAUGACUUUCUCACCUUUUUCACCUCUAAUGAGUUUGCAUCCCUGAUCAAUGUGAGCUAAAUCCCGGAGUAGCGCACAAACAUUUUGACCAGUGAGGGGACAGUUUGCUUUUGUGUGACUUUUAUGAACACAGUUUUGGUCCGUUUUUAAAUGGUGCCUUGUAAAAGCAAAACUAGACCAAGAAGAAUAUGCAACAUUUUACAAUUUAAGCCCGUUUUGGAACUAAUCAAAUGAGCUACAGGUCUAAAAACGGCAGAAUCGUUUAUGGGAGUUACAACUGCAUUUUACAUCUUAAUUUACUUAAAGCACAUGCAGGGUGAUUCUCAUGGAAUCUGUCAUUUUUUUUUUUUUUUUGCAUAAAAAAUAAAGCCUACAUUUAGAACCAUGAAAUUUUUUGACUUUAUUUUCAGGACACAUUUAACACCAUUUCUUUGGUGAUUUUCAUUACUGUAACAAUAAAAUAGAAUAAUAUAAUACAAUAACACGGGAGUACUACUAUGAUGUAUAAAUACUUUAAAAUGUAUAUAUUUUAUCAUCUUUUUUCUCUUCAUGUUGCAGUAAUGAGAAUAACAUCAUGAACAUCUUUUUCACAUUGUGGUAAUAAGAAUCAGAGAGUAAAAUGUGCAUAACUGUCGUGAAAAUAAUCUUAAUGGCCCUAUAAAAAGGUGUCAUUUUCUAUAUGCAAAAUAUAAUUUCUUAUUUGUUUCUUAUCUUUAUUUUAAGUAAAAUAGGACCAGUAUAUUUUCAUUACAGGUUUUGUGAGAAUCACCCAUUUACUUUAAAUCCACAUAGUGUGUACAUAACUGAACUUAAAAUCACGGCCGCAAGACACCAAAACAUUGCUAUGCUUAUCACUGUCAACCAUCGCAACUGUUUUGGAGUGACUCCUUUAUUCUUUACACUCUGAACAAUAAUUAGGGGAUUCACUCCUGUAUUUAAAUGCAGAAGGCACUCCUAACAUUGACCAUAAUGUCCCCUUAUUAAAUUUUGAGUCUGAUAGGGGGGCAUUACUUAAGAAAUAGCUCAAUCCAAAAUUCUCUGUUAUAAGGUAAGACAUUUUUACAUUUGACGUACAGUGUAAAUUGACAUUAUUAAUUUACUACAUUAGCAGCAUUGCACCUUUUUCUUCUUUUUUAUAUUUUGCCUAUGGCAAUAAAUGUCUCUAUUAGUAGUGACAUGGCUGAUCUUUAAAGGCUGUCAGAAUUGCAAUUUGUCAUGUAUAGAACACUGGGCCAUGCAAUUUCAAUAAUUUGCUAAAGUUUUUGAGAAAAUAAAUUAGUUUUAGCAUUCCUCCCCUUGUUAAACUCAAGUUAAUAAAACAAAUAACAAAAAUACACAGCCCAUUAUACAACACCUGCAAGAUCUAGAAUGUACUGGCUGAUGUCCAUAUUUGUUUUAUACCAAAGUUGAUGCUUUCCUGUUUUUAACUUCCAUUAUCUUUACAAAAAUUGCAACUCAGUAAGUAUAAACCAGAAAAAAGAAAAACUUUAUGAAAAUUCACUCACCCUCAUGUUGUUCAAAACCAUAUGACUUACUAAGGAGAAUUUUUGAAGAACGUUGACGCUGCUUUUUUUUUUUUUCUUCUUCUUCUUUUUAAUGAUGACAGUAUCAAUUUUUGGGUGAACUAUUCCUUAAACUCAGUUCUACCUGAAAGCAUUUGGUUUUUCUUAUCUGACUAUAUGACUGGGAGAAUGUGUUUUUGUGGUGGCCUGUGAGGUUGUCUAAAUGUGUCAUGCUAUUUGAUAUGUUUGAUGCUUUGAACUCAUUUAGUCUUUGUUGAUUGUGCCAGACUUACUGUUUGUGUAUACUGUCUGUAUUAUGCUUGUUCAAAAAAAGCACAUCAAGUUUAAACUGCUGUGUGAAUGCUUUGGUCAGUGGGGUUGUUUGGUUUUUACAUGUGUACAUUGCUAAAUAAAAGAUGUUGAUCUGAAAAUAA